UGAGGCAACAAUCCCUAAUUCUUUCUAACCUACCCUAACCACCCUUGUUUCCCCUUUCUAACAACAUAUACGGCAGCAGCAGUAGGAGGCAAAAAAGAAAGAAAGAAAGAAAGAAAAUGAAUGAAUGAAUGAAUGAAAGAAAGAAGGAAACAGGAAAGGGAAGAACGGAGAGGGUGAGAAAAGGGGAAGAGGGAGAGGGAGACUGUGACUGGCGCCGCCGCCGCCUCGCCCAGCUGCCAUGCUUCUCGUCGUCGCCGCCGAAGGGGAGAGGGAGAGAGAGCGCCGUCGAACAGAACACGAGAAGGGAGAGGAGCUGUGUUCUGUUGUUGACGUCGCACCACCGCCACGCCGCCGUGCUGUGCGAAGUCACCGCCGUCGCCUCGAUCCUCGCAGCCUCGCCGUCGCCUCGAGCCUCGCCGUCGCCUCGAGCCUCGCCGUCGUCGUCCUCGGCCCGAACCCUUGCCGCCGCGACUGUGGUUGCCAGAAACGGUGUUGUGGCCAUCAGAACUGCUUGGAGAUUGCUGCUGCUUCUUCUAUCUCUGUUCAGAUCCACUGCCGUCGCCGGGAAGACUCUGCCGUUGCCCUCGCCGGAGCUCCACACCGCCGCCACUGCCACCAGAAACCGCCACUGAGGCCUAAGUCUGUUUGUCACCGCUGCUGCUUGUAUGGCUACGCCGUGGUGGUUAUAGCUGCCGUCACAGUCACCGCCCGAAUGCCCUGGAAUUUCUAUUUUCUUGCCCCAAUUCAAGUCCAGUGUCUCUAUCCUGGUUUAACCUUUUUCCCUGUGUUGUUCCUGCAUUUGAUUUCAUCAAAUUCGAAUCCUGCUGCAACCAUUGUCAUUACCGUAGGAAAAUUGACGCUGCUGCAAAUUAGGAAGAAAAGGGGAUUGUCGCGUUUAAAUUCCACGAGUUUGGCUAAUCGAGCUUUACCUUUUCAGGAACCGGUUGAAGCAUUAUGAAGAGUUAUACUGCGCUUUGUUUAUAUGUUGUAUUAAUUAGAUUAUUUUCUUCCUCGUCUCUAUUAUUACAAGUUUGUAAGAGGGAUAGGAGUUGUAUGUUUUAUAUGUAUACUAUAUUAUGAGAUAUUAUGUAAGGAGUAUUGUAUAUAAAUCUAUGCCUACUUGUAGUUUUUUUUAGAUAAAGUAUUUAUUUUCGGUUUUCAAAGAAAUCAGUGAUACGAUGUCGAGUCAGAGGCUCCUAUUGUAAUAUUUAGUAUAUAAAGUAGUCGUAAUACUUUUUGCUAUCAGAGUGGCGCAGCCGGAAGCGUGAUAUUCUGGUAGUGAGGGUGUUACAUUUUGGUAUCAGAGCAGUUCAUCCUAAUUAGAGCCUUGGGAAUGGACUGACUAUGCUUCAUUGCAUAUGCUGAGAGUUUGUCAUAUUGUAGGUCUUGUUCAGUUAACAAGAAUUAAAGUUUUAUGAACAUGACUGUCUAUUGAUUAAUGCUGUUAGCUUAUCGUUGCAUAACUGCUGAUGUUAAGUCUGGCCAACUUAAUGUUAAUGGUUAUGUCUACGAAGAAGUUAAUGGGUUAUCAUAGAUAAAGUAGGAUUGAUAAGUGAUGCAAUUCAUGGGCUUUGGGAGCGUUAGAAAUUAAUUUUGAAGUUAAUUCCGUUUUGGUGUAUAAUCCUUUAAUCGUGCUUGGUGUUAUCUCCUUCUCUAUCAAUUGCAUUGGAAUUCCUUAUUCAUUAUUUCCUUCGUGAAAUGUGAUUGAUUUAACUGCCAACCUUAUCUUACCAUUCAUACAUUGCCUUUGCUUGGUUUGUAUUCGGUUGUUGCUUGAAACUUGAGGUAUUUAUUCUUAUUACUGUUAAUAGCCAUCUUUAUAAAUUCUGUACUCCUUGAAUUGAUCUUGGAUUUAUUCUGGUGCCACAAAUGAUUCGCAGAUCUCUGGAAACAUUAGUGAUUGAUUUUAGCUACCCUCACUUGUGAGCCUUGUAUUUCUUUCUAACUGGAUGGUGUCAAUUUAUGUGCUGUGAAUCGUACUAUUGUAUCUGACGUAUCAUUUAUUUCUCUUUUCUUCAUUUUGGAAUCACUUGCUUGACUACAUCUUGAAAAGCAAUUUGAAUUUUCUUACGCAUAAUCUAGUUGAUCGGUUUUUAGUUUUCUCUUUUGGUUCUUAUAAUGUGGUCAUCGAUUUUGAAUUCUUUUACAUGAGCUAGAAAAACCCUUGAAUUGACUCGAACCUGCAUCGUUUAUUUAAUCCUCUCGAAAAUUUUGUUUCAGACCUUUCUAAAGAAGUUUUAA